AUGGUGAAGGUGGCAGAGGCGAGGGUGAAGGUUUGUGCGACUCAGAGCCGUUAUUUCAAAGGGGGUUGCCGCAGAGACCACAACUGUGCUAUGGUGUGCCGCGACGAGGGCUUCUCCGGCGGCCGCUGCACCAAACCCUUCUCCCGUCCCCGCCGGCAUUGUUUCUGCACCAAGUUCUGCUAG